AUUUUUAGGGUUUCUCUAAAGUCUCUGUGCCGCAUUGCAAACUUCUUGUUCUUCUAGUCGAGUACGAAAACCUAAACCUCAAGCUCAAAUUCGGAUUCUGCAGCUAUGAGUCGGUCAGGUCAGCCUCCGGAUCUCAAGAAGUACAUGGACAAGAAACUCCAAAUCAAGCUUAAUGCUAACAGAAUGGUUGUUGGAACUCUCCGUGGGUUUGAUCAGUUCAUGAAUCUUGUUGUUGACAACACUGUUGAGGUGAACGGUGAUGACAAAACCGACAUUGGAAUGGUGGUGAUAAGAGGAAACAGCAUUGUCACUGUGGAAGCUCUUGAACCUGUGGGCAGAUCUUCUUAGCUUUUGGUAUAUGCUUCCAGUAAUCAUCUCUUUGUACUAAGCUCUAGUUUUUUAUUCCUCUUUGAGAAAACUUGGUGUUAGUCGUAGUUAUUGUGAACUGGUCAGUAAGAAGUCUUCAUUAUUACUCUUUCUUGUACUAAAAGAUUGCCAAGAACCCCAAGAAUGUGAUCGAUAGACGGGACAUAUACUUUCGUGUGUCUAUUUAUCCUAGAUUCCUUGCUUCUUCUA